GGGAAUUGCAGUCCCCGCUCCGCUCUGUCCCGUCACAGGACUUUUUGCCCUCUCUUCCCGGGUCCCUCAGGCGGCCACCCAGUGGGCACACUCCCAGGCGGCGCUCCGGCCCCGCGCUCCCUCCCUCUGCCUUUCCUUCCCAGCUGCCAACAUCCUGGAAGCUUUGAAGCUCAGCAAAGAAGAGAAAUCCAUUGAGAACAGUCUGUAAAGGUGUCCUGGGAAUACCUGCCUGCUUAGACCUUCUGUAAAAGCUCUGUGCAUCCUGCCACUGAGGACUCCGAAGAGGCAGCAGUCUUCUGAAAGACUUCAGCUGUGAGGACAUGUCGUUCAGAUUUGGCCAACAUCUCAUCAAGCCCUCUGUGGUGUUUCUCAAAACAGAACUGUCCUUCGCUCUUGUGAAUAGGAAACCUGUGGUACCAGGACAUGUCCUUGUGUGCCCGCUGCGGCCAGUGGAGCGCUUCCGCGACCUGCGUCCUGAUGAAGUGGCUGAUUUGUUUCAGGUGACCCAGAGAGUCGGGACAGUGGUGGAAAAACAUUUCCACGGGACAUCUCUCACCUUUUCCAUGCAGGAUGGCCCCGAAGCUGGACAGACUGUGAAGCACGUUCACGUCCAUGUUCUUCCCAGGAAGGCUGGAGACUUUCACAGGAAUGACAGCAUCUAUGAGAAGGAGCUGGGAUGCUCAGGUGAAAUGUGGCCUCAGGCUCACCUGGGAAUGAGCGAGCGAAGUUAGGAGAGGUAAGAAUGAACACUGCCUUUUUCCACACUGUCACAUAUGGUAGGAAUGUGGAGGUCCUUGCUUCUGUCACUCUCUUCAUUUGGUAGAAAGUGUUCUGUAACCAUAGAGCCACAGGAAGCCACUGUGAUGCUAUGAUAUUCAGAGGUCCAGAAGGCUGCCUUCCAUUCUCCAUAUCAGAGCUUGCUCGAUGGAAUGGUGUUCCCCAAAUGUGUCUUUUGCCUUGAUCCAUAACCCUCCUGUCCUUUCAAGGGAUUGCCUAGCAUCGGCUUCUCUUAGGGUCAGAGUUCUGAACAUUUCAAGAAAAACUAGCAAAUGUGCUCUUGGUUGAGGCCUGCCUCCCUGCUAGUUUUACUCACCCUGAGUAUGUGUGAGUUCGUAUAAGUCACUAUAGGGAACCUGCACGUGCUUGCAAUUCCCAGCAUAAAGCUGAUUUCUUCUGGAAAAUGAAAGCAGCGCUCAUGUCCUUUAUACAUGCCUUGAGGCUUACAUGGAAAGAAGUCAAAGGAAAAAACCCACCUGUUGGUGACACCCCAGGCACAUGUAUUUCAGGGACUGAAAAAAAGCAGCAUUCAAAGUAGCAAAGCUUUGCAAGGAUGAUGCAGUUCAGAUGUGAAGCUGGCUCUUGAAAAGUGGAUGAUCAAACAGAGCACUGUACUCUACUAAACUGAAAUCCAAUAGGUUGCCGUUGCUGGUGUUCUCAUUCCAUCAUGAAUUCUCAGAAUAGCUUGGAACAAAUCAAAUCAGAGACAUCAAUCGUUAGAAAACAGAAAAGCAUCAGGUAGCAUGCACUUUCUAGAAGCCCUAUAGGGCUGUUUCUGAGGGCAUUUUUGUUCCUGCGGUCACUGUAUCCUUCAAACUGUCUUCAGUGGAGAGGACACGUGGCAGCCCCCUGUGCUCAAUGCUGCUUCCUGUUUCUCCAGCAGUAUUUUCAGUGUCUGAAGAUGAGGUUGAACCAUGAUGAAGCUGUGAUCUCCAGUGGCUGAGCCCAGUGCUAGUCCUGUUUCCUCUUCUGAACAUAUAUAGCAAAUGUACUUUGUGUACUUCCAAACCAUCCUAAUAGCGAACUGAUGAGCUUUCUUUCGUGACAUCAGGGUGAUAAUAAAAGGAAGGAUUUGAAAAUAUCUUUAUUUGAACACAUUUUUAAAAAUUAGCAAAUCUGUUUUGGCACUCCGUUUUUGUUUUGCUUUGUUUUAGUGAAUUUUUCUUAUUUCUGAAAUGUAAAACCACAGGAAUAGUUGACUUAAGGUCAUUUUUGUUCUUGAAAUUAAAUGUUACAGUUAUAGACUAUUUGGAUACAAUCAAAUAUUGAAGAGAACCUUUUAACAUUAUUGAGACAUACAGAGUGCAUAUUGUCCCAAGGAUUUCACAUUAGUGACCUUUCGGUUUAAUACUAUCCUGCUAUAUACCCUGUAACUACUUCUCAGCAGCUCACUGGCAACUGACAAGGUGUUGACUUCUCCCAUUCUAUCCUUCCUGCUAAAAGUGGAUUUUCUUACUGUCCCAUAGCAUUACUCCCCUGCCUACCCUCAAAAUACGAGAAAGAGCUUUCAGAUAUGUCACCAUCUGGUAGCCUUGCUUUUGGGGAAGCAGCUGGUACAGCUUGGCAUUAUAGUCAAAUAAGUAACUUUAGAGAUAGGAAAUGGUUUUACAGAACUUUAACAAUGACACAAUAAACGUCUUAGCCUCUAGUUUCCAACCAUAAUAAAGUUGUCCCUAGAAGAGUUGAGUUGUCAGUUUUUACUAAGAUACACAAUAAAGUAUAUCUUUAUUGUGUCAAUAUCUAGUGGUGUGCUGGUAAAUAUUAACAACUAGUUUUUGUGUAUGCAUGUGUGUGUAUAUAGAAAAACAUAUCCACAUACCCUCAUACAUCUGACUGUUUAUUAUAAAUUUUACUGAUAUAAAAUGUACACCACACAAUUUGUGAGUAAUCAUAAAAUAUAUACCAAUCUUUAUCAUAAAUUUUAUAUAGCCAAUUUGAUUCUUACAGAAUACUUUUGUUAAUGUUUGUUGAAUUCCUAUAAUCACAGUCAACUUAUGAUUGUGAUUCAGCCAUGAUUUGAAAAUUCAGAUGAGGAAUAAAUGUUUGGUUACUACCCAAUUAAGCAAAGUUGCUCAUGUCACUGACAAACAGGUGUGCUUCAGACAUGAAUAUUGGUUGACAUUUUUGUUUACAUAAAUGAGACAAAAGUGAAACCUAAGAAUAUAUGUCAAAACUUUACUCAUUUGUCAAUCAUAUGAGUGACUUUUUUUUACCAAAUCAGAUAAUGAAUAUAGAAUACUAAAGGGUAUUUUCUUAAUUUUUUGUGCUAUUCACCAUGUAACAGCUAUUGACACAAUAUGCUUUUAAGUUUUGUCUGCAUAAUCAGUAUUUUCCUCCAUCACUUACUUAAAUCUAGAUAGCCAGGAAAACAGUUAAUCUGUAGUGUUCCCAGUUUCCAGUUCAUAUAAAUACUCUCCAUGGCUGAAUUGAAACUACAAACCUGAUAUCACUGCACAGACUUGGAAAGAGACGUGCAGUAGUACACUACUGAGAGUAUUUCCACCACAAGAUACAAUAGAUGUUGAUGUGGUUUGGUUGUGUCCCCACCCAAAUCUCAUCUUGAAUGGUAGCUCCCAUAAUUCUCACGUGUUGUGGGGCGGACCCCGUAAGAGAUCAUUGAAUCAUGGGGGCAGUUUCCCCUGUGCCAUUCUGGUCGUAGUGAAUAAGUCUCCUGAAAUCUGAUGGUUUUAUAAAGGGAAAACCCUUGCACUUGGUUCUCUUUCCCUCUUGCCUGCUACCAUGUAAAACAUGCCUUUUGCCUUAUGCCAUGAUUAUGAGGCCUUCA